AUGGUGGACACACAGCGCUAUUUCCAGCGUAAGCUGGUGCAGGACACACAUUCUCCGCAGAGUCGGAGGGCCGGGGGUCUAAAGAUGUACAAUGAAGUGACCCCGGCAGAGGGGUGCGGAAACAAGAUUUCUCAAGACGUCCCGGAGGCAUCCAUGUCACAGAUCACUGCAGGAACAAGCCCCAAGUCCAACCCAGAGCGGCAGCUCGCACGCUUCUGUGAAUUCAUCUCCACACCCUGGAAAUUUCAGGCAAAUGAGAACUUUUUCCUGCAGGGCUCCUCAUGCCAGUGCUCAUUCAAAACCAUGAUUCCCACUCCAAAUGCCGUUCGCAGGCCAGCCCCGCCACUUCACGCUCACGUCACCCUGCACUGCCUACAGCACACUCCCCCGGGUACACUGAAGACCAGAGGCCAGGCAAGCUCCCACAAUCCUCCACGGCACCCAACUCCUGCAGAAAGCGAGGAAACGGGACCCGGGGCAGCCCCCUCCGCGGUGGCCGAACAAAGGAGUGGAGCGCAGCUGCACGCGCAGGGCGAGCCACCGGGUCCUGCGCCCCUCCUCGUGCGCCGCGGCCCCGGCACACCGCACCUGAACCCCACUCCCCAGGACGCCCCAUUGUUCUGCCUCCGCUUCCCCUUCCCACAGGAAGCCAUACCAUGUCCUUCCAUAGACCCCGGGGGCCAGGAAACUCCAGUGGGCCCGAGGGAUGGAGGGAGGGGUGCGUGGGCCCGUGGAAAGCGGGGUCCCCCGGUGCCCAUAGCUCCGGCCGGCCCCCCGGAGCCACACGGAGCAGCGAUCACCCUCGGGGUGACCUCGAGCGCGCGUGGGCUCACGCCGGAGCGCUGCCGCGCGCCCCGCACGAGCGCCCCGGGAAGCGCUGACCCGCGGCCGCAGGCUGCGGCUGAGCCCCGGGCCCGCGCGCGCACAAAGGCACGGGGCGGGAAGGGACCCGGCACGGGGGAGCGCAGCGUUACCUCGCCCGGCGCCCGCUCUGCCCGCUCCUCCGCCUGCUCCGCCUCCGCGUGCUGCUCGCUGGCCGCCGCCUGGGGGACGCGGGUCCGAACGAACGGUGCGGGGCUCGUGCCACAGCCGCUGCCGCCGCCGCCGAGGGUCCCGCGCCGCGCAGCCCACCGCGCGCCCCGCGUACCUAGCGCCGCGUCCGUCCGCCCGCCCGGCUCCGAGUGCGCUGGCUUCAGGCGCGGCAGCGGCGGCAGCGGCGGCGGCGCGGCCACUCCCCUCUCCCGGCGGGGGCGGCGACCUCGCCCGGACGCGCCCCUCGCUCCAGGGCCGCGGCUCACCCAGGCGCAGGCCGCACAGCGCCCCCCGGUGAGCGCCCGGAGGGGUGGGGACACCCGGGGACGCGCGCUGACCCUUCACCUUGGUCUCUGCGAGAUCGGCGGCGGCGUCCUGCAGACCAGAAAUGCAGAGGCUGACAGCUGGAAGGGCCUGGGCGCGAACUCCGGCACAGAGAACAGUCCUUCCCCAUAUUAUCUCCUCUCCUAG